AUGGUCACGGAGGCUCUCUCAUCAGGAGGCAUGGCUGAUGGGCAAGAACCUGCUUCCUGGAGCGGCACAAACGGUGUCCGUACCCCGUCAAGUGGAAGUGAGUAUGCCAACCCUCACGGCCCUCAGCCCAUUGCCAUUGUGGGCAUGGGCAUGAGACUCCCGGGCGGCAUUCAUUCCAGUGACGACUUCUGGAAGCUCUUGGUGGAGAAGGGAGACGGCCGAUGCAGAGUGCCGGGAAACCGGUACAACAUCGAUGCUUUCCAGAGCUCGAAAGGCACUCGGGGAACCGUAAAGUCACAGUACGGCUACUUUUUACAGGAUUCCGAGUUCGAGCGGUUCGACGCGGCAUUCUUCUCCAUGAACCAGACGGAGGUCGAGAAGCUCGACCCCCAACAGCGAAUGCUGCUGGAAGUGGUGUGGGAGUGCAUGGAGAGCGGCGGCCAGCGCGAAUGGCGUGGCCGCAACAUCGGUUGUUAUGUGGGUGUCUUUGGAGAAGACUGGCUCGACCUAUCUGCCAAAGACCCCCAGCACUUGGGCAUGUACCGCAUCACAGGCUCUGGAGAUUUUGCCCUCUCCAACCGUGUGUCUUAUGAGUACGACCUGAAGGGCCCAAGUAUGACAAUCAGGACAGGGUGCUCAUCCUCGUUGAUCGGCUUGCAUGAGGCUUGUCAAGCAAUCUACUCCGGGGAGUGCGAGUCUGCCGUAGUUGCCGGUACCAAUCUGAUCAUCACUCCGUCGAUGACGAUUUCGAUGACCGAGCAGGGAGUACUGUCUCCGACGGGCUCUUGCAAGUCGUUCGACGCUCGCGCUGACGGGUACGCCCGUGGAGAAGCGAUCAACGCCAUAUACAUCAAGAAGCUGGACGACGCACUGCGAGACGGAGACCCAAUCCGGGCGGUGAUUCGCGCCACAGCAACCAACUGCGACGGCAAAACGCCCGGAAUUGCCAAUCCCAGUGCUGAGAGCCAUGAAGCCAUGAUCAGGCGAGCGUACCAGGUGGCUGGAAUAACGGACAUCUCGAAGACCGGGUUUGUGGAGUGCCACGGUACAGGCACGGCCAUCGGUGACCCUCUUGAAGUCACCGCAGUGGGCAACGUGUUCGGCGGGAAAGGCGUCUUGAUCGGUUCGGUCAAACCAAAUGUCGGUCAUUCCGAAGGUGCAUCCGGAAUCACUAGCUUGAUCAAGGCAACUCUAGCCCUCGAGCAUGGCAUUAUCCCCCCAAAUAUCAACUUUGAGACGCCAAACCCUAAGAUACCGUGGGCGAAGAGCAAAAUUGCCGUUCCGGUUCAGCCUACGACAUGGCCGACCGACCGCCUACCCAGGGCCUCCGUGAAUAGCUUUGGGAUCGGAGGCGCAAACGCACACGUCAUUCUGGAGUCUGCAGAAUCCUUCAAGCCGAGAGCAGGCCGAGAAAGCCAGUCAAGCAGUGCCCGCCCACACCUCCUGACCUUCUCCGCGGAUCAUCCAGACUCGCUUCGUGAAUCUGUCACGCAAAUCGAAGCUUAUUACCAAAAAGACCCUUCUCGACUUGCAGACGUGGCACACACGUUGGGAGCGCGGAGAGAUCAUUUAGCGUGGCGGGCCUAUGCUGUCAGUGAAGAAGGCGGCCCAAUCCACGUUUCGCAGUUUGUCAAGACGAAAUCCGCGCCGCAGCUCAACUUCGUCUUCACUGGGCAAGGCGCACAAUGGGCAGGAAUGGGGCAGACACUUUUCAACGACUUCCCGCAAUUCCGGGAGGAUAUUCGAAUGAUGGAUAAUGCUUUGCAGAAAACACGCCACGCUCCGCUGUGGACUCUUGAAGAGGAGCUUUUCAGACCUGCCAAGCAAGCCCGUGUCGACCGAGCCGAAUUUUCCCAGCCCAUCUGCACAGCUGUGCAAGUCGGACUGGUAAAUCUGCUCAGGUCCUGGGGUAUCACACCUGCUGCAGUCGUCGGCCACUCCAGCGGAGAGAUUGCCGCAGCGUACGCGGUGAACGCCAUCACCUCGGACGCCGCAAUCCAGAUAGCCUACUACCGAGGUCAGGUCACCAAGCAGCAGCUUUCCCCAGGAGGCAUGGCUGCCGUUGGAUUGGGCCGCAGUGAGAUGACGCCCCUUCUCCGUGAAGGGGUUGUUAUUGCUUGUGAAAACAGCCCCAGCAGUGUCACUAUCUCGGGUGACGAAGACCAACUGGAGGCUUGCAUUGAGGGCAUCAAAUCAGCCAAGCCCGAUACGUUUGUUCGGCGCCUGAAGGUCGACAUGGCAUACCACUCGCACCAUAUGCGUGCUGUCGGUAACCUGUACCAGUCUGUCAUGGAAGGCCUGGUGAAUGAUGUCCAGCCUUCAGCUCCCCUCUUCUCCAGCGUCUCGGGCAAGAAGAUUGUUGAGUCAGGACACCUAGGACCUUCUUAUUGGCGAGCAAACCUUGAGUCUCCGGUCCUUUUCUACACGGCGGUGCAGUCGAUGCUGGAAGAAUCUGGCAAAGAGGCCGUGUUCCUCGAGGUCGGGCCCCACGCAGCAUUGUCCGGACCUCUGAGGUCAAUCUUCAAGGCGCACAGGCCGGAAGCUGUGCCUGUGUACAUGGCAUGCAUGGCCAGAGGCGAGAACAACACGCAAACCUUGCUUGAUACAGUCGGUCGAUUAUUCCAACAAGCCGUGCCGGUCCGCUUUGAAGGCAUGUCGGCCGGCAACAAGGUGUUGACUGACCUACCAAAGUACCCUUGGCGUCACGAUAAGGAGUACUGGUGCGAAAGUCGCGUGGCAAGGCAGUGGCGCCUGCGCCCCUUUGCGCCGCAUGAACUCUUGGGUACUAGAACCCUCGAGUCCAACGAGCUCGAUCCCACUUGGAGAAACAUGAUUAGUCUGGACGACAUUCCCUGGGCCCGGGACCACAAGAUCCGCGAAGAUGUCGUCUUCCCCGCGGCCUGCUACAUAGCCAUGGCCGGGGAAGCCAUUCGUCAGACAGCAGAUGCGUCAGACUUCUCGAUUCGCAGGAUGGACAUCAAGGUUGCCCUAGUCCUGACGGAGUCGAAUCCUGUUGAAGUCAUGACGCGUCUCAGCCCUGUGCGCCUCACAACCUCGCUGAACUCAGUCUGGUAUGAGUUCUCCGUCGUCUCGUACAAUGGUGUGUCCUGGACCAAGCACUGCGAAGGACAGGUCCGAAAGGGCUCGGAGCAGCCGCCGUCGCAUGCGGCGGUCCACACGUACCCGCGAGCAGUCUCUUCCGACUCCUGGUACUACGCGAUGCGGCGGGUUGGCCUGAACUACGGCCGAGAGUUCCAGGGCCUCAGCAACAUCUCGGCCAACCCGGGAAAGAAGGAGGCGUCGGCAAGUGUUUCUGACCGCUCCGAUGGAGAGGCCAACUACCAGCUGCAUCCCACCACCAUCGACUUUUGUCUUCAGCUUUUCACUGCUGCCAUGACUGAUGGCAUUGGGAGGCACCUGACCAAGCUCUGCGUCCCUACUAGCAUUGAGGAGCUUUACGUGUCCAGGGGCAGCCCUGACAUGCGCGUUGCCGUCUCCGUCUCGGGCUCUGGCAACGGGGCUAUCAGCGGCAACGGCGUGAUCGUGGCAGGCACGCAGCCGGUCAUGCGGUUGACAGGUGGCCGUUUCUCGCCGCUGGAAGACGAAGUAGCAGAUGGUAGCAGCGACACGGUGGCCGGCGCUGAGAUGCAUUGGAAGCCCAGCAUCGACUUCAUUGCGGCGGAGGAACUUAUUCGCCCGCUUCGCGGGUUCCGAGAGGAUACUUUGAAGCUCGAGAGGUUUUCGCUGCUCUGCCUUCUCGAGGUUUGCGAUCGGAUCUCGUCCCUUGAUGCCAGCAGUGCGCACUUGAAGAAAUACAAGUCGUGGAUCUCGACCCAGAAACUUCGGGCUGAGCGCGGACAGUACGAGCUGGUCGAAGACGCCGUGACGCUGGCUUCUAUGAACCGCGCAGAGCGGCUGCGCCUCCUGAAGGCAGCCAAGCAAGAAGUGGAAGACUCGGCCGGGUCCUUGGUCGGCAGAGUCGUUGAAAAGAUUGUCGAGCAUGCAGAGGCCAUCUUCGGCGACAACAAAGAAGCGCUCGAGGUGCUGAUGCAGGACGGCGGCCUCGAAGAUAUCUACAGAUUCAUGCAGGACAUAUGGGAUUGCCAAGAGUACUUCGAGCUCUUGUCUCACGCGAACCCAACCAUGCGGGUGCUCGAGAUUGGAGCUGGCACGGGUGGAACCACCAGCACCGUCCUCAGGGACCUCACGCAGUCCGGCGAGCGGAAGUACUCCCAAUACGACUACACUGACAUAUCCUCGGGCUUCUUUGCGACGGCGUCCGAGAAGUUCCAGGAUUACGAGAACAUCGAGUACAAAGUACUCGACAUCACCAAGGAUCCGCUGGCCCAGGGCUUCGAGGCUGCCUCGUACGAUUUGGUCAUCGCCGCCAAUGUUCUUCAUGCGACGCCAAACAUCAGCGAGACACUCUGCAACGUCAGGAAGCUUCUGAAGAACGGUGGCCGGCUUUUCCUCCAAGAGCUCUCGCCAGUAUGGAGGGUUUUCAACUUGAUCAUGGGCCUCCUUCCAGGAUGGUGGCUCGGUGAAGCCGACGGCCGCCCGCAAGAGCCCUACAUGGCACCCUCCCGCUGGGACGCCGAACUGCGUAACGCGGGCUUCGCGGGCGCUCAGUCGGUCGUCUACGACGACGAGCAGCCCUACCAAAUCAACUUCACGCUCGUCACCACGAGCACCGCCUCGCCGACGCCUCCCUCGCGCAGCCGCCAAGUGACGCUGCUGCACGCGCCCGGCCAAGACGCCGCCGUCGAGCGCCUCAGCGCCUCUCUCCUCGCCGCCGGCAUCACCGCCGUGCCCCAGACCCUCGCUGACGCCCCGCAUGCCGACGGCCGGGACGUCCUCGCCAUCCUCGACCUGGCCGCGCCCUUCUUCGCCGACAUCGCCGCCCCCGCCCUCGCCGCCUUCCAGGCCUACCUGGCCGCGCUCGGCACCGCGGCAGGCAGCCCCGGAGUCCUGUGGGUGACGCGCCCCGCGCAGGCCGGCUGCCGCGACGCACGCUAUGGCCAGAGCAUCGGCGUCGCGCGCACUGUGCGGUCGGAGCUGUCGCUGGCGUUCGGCACGCUCGAGGUCGCUGCGGACGGCGUUAACGACGAAGAUGGCGCCAUCGUCCGCGUCUUCGAGCACUUUGCCGCCGCCAGGAGGGCCGCCGCCGCCGCCGCCGACGCCGUGCUUGACCCGGACUACGAAUACGCCUUCUUCGGCGGCCGCGUCCACGUGCCGCGGUUCCGCUGGGUCGGCGUGGCGGAUCGGCUGUGCGCGGCCGUGCAGGAUGCGCCGAAGAAGCUGGACAUCGGCCGCAUGGGCCAGCUGCGGACGCUGCAGUGGGUUGAGGACAAGCGGGAGGAGAGCCUGGGGGAGGACGAGGUUGAGGUUGAGCCGAGGGCGGUGGGCAUGAAUUUCAAGGACGUGCUCGUGGCCAUGGGCAUCGUCAAAGGAACCAAGCCCGGACUCGGCCUCGAGGGGACCGGAGUCAUCCGGAAGGUGGGCUCCGGUGUCGAAGACCUCAAGGUCGGCGACAGGGUGCUGGUGUUCGACCAUGGCUGCUUCGCCACGCGCCUGGUCAUCUCGGCCAACCUGUGCGCUAAGAUGCCGGAUAGUCUGAGUUUUGAGGAUGGUGCCACUAUGCCUUGCGUCUACAGCACCGCCAUCUACGCGUUGAUGACACUUGGACACCUUGAGAAAGGACAGACCGUCUUGAUCCACUCCGCAUGCGGAGGUGUGGGACUCGCCGCUAUUCAGCUGUGCCGGAUGAUCGGUGCUGAGAUUUUUGUGACCGUCGGCAACGAGGAAAAGGCAAGGUAUCUGAGGGAGACGUUUGGCAUUUCUCAAGACCGCAUCUUCAACUCAAGAGAUGCUUCCUUCCUCGGAGGUGUGCUCGCCGCCACGGGUGGACGCGGUGUCGAUCUUGUGUUGAACUCUCUCUCCGGAGAGCUCCUGCAUGCCUCCUGGAAAUGCGUUGCCGAGUUCGGAAAGAUGCUGGAGAUUGGAAAACGAGACUUCGUGGGCCACGGCAUGCUGAACAUGGAUCUCUUCGAGGCCAAUCGAACUUUCGUCGGAAUCGAUCUGGCUCAGCUUGCUGUCGAGAGACCACAAGUGUGCAGAAGGCUGCUCGAUCAGUGCAUGGACUUUUACCGCCGCGGUUCGAUUCAACCUAUCAGGCCGGUCAGGACUUUUGCAGCCUCGGAGAUUAUCGAGACAUUCCGCUACAUGCAAAAAGGGCAGCAUAUUGGUAAGCUUGUAGUAACAAUGCCUGAGCAACAAACAGACGUCGAAACCGUGCCUACUCGGUCCGCAUUCAAACUCCGUUCAGACGCAAGUUACCUCCUUUGCGGAGGCCUGGGCGGUUUGGGUCGGGCCGUGUCCAACUGGAUGGUGGAAAAUGGAGCCAGGCAUAUCAUCUACCUGUCGCGGACGGCAGGCGACACAGCUGAAGAUAAGGCUUUCUUCAGUGAGCUUCACGCCCAAGGCUGCCGCAUUCAGGCCAUUCGAGGCAGCGUAGCUCAUCUGAAAGAUGUCGAGCGUGCUGUUCGGGAAGCUGGAAAGCCAAUCGCAGGAGUCAUGCACAUGUCUAUGGUUUUGACGGACCGCGCCCUCUUACAGUUCACCCAUGAAGAGUGGAAUGCUGCUAUUGAGCCAAAGGUUCGAGGAGCAGAAAAUUUGCACCACGCCCUUUCCGAGGCGACACUGGACUUCUUCAUCGUCUUCAGUUCCAUAUCCUGCAUUGUGGGACAGAUCGGUCAGGCAAACUAUGCAGCUGCCAACGCUUUCCUCUCCGCAUUCACGCAAUACCGCCACUUGCUCGGACUUCCAGCCAGCGUUCUCAACGUCGGAGUGAUGGAGGACGUAGGCUAUGUCAGUCAGAACGCCGGAGUCCUUGAUCAGCUGAAGGCACUGUGCAACCACACCUUGCAAGAACAGGAUCUGCUCGAUGCGCUGGAAUACCAGAUGCAGCGGCAAAUGUCCCCAGCCCCAUCUCCCAAGGGCUUCAUGAGCCCUGCAGAGCUGGUUAUCGGCCUUCGCUCUACCCGCCCGCUCACGGAGCCGAACAACCGAGCCAUCUGGAAGCGAGAUGUUCGCAUGGCACAGUACCGCAACACGGAGACGGCGACUCAAGGCUCGACCACGGCGGGUGGCGCAGACCUGAAGAGGUUUCUUGCUGAAGUGGCCACCAUGCCGGCCAUGCUCGACGUGCCCGCAAAUGUGGACAUACUCGCUCAGGAAAUCGGCACCCGCAUCUACAGUCUGAUGUUGAAGCCAGAAGAAGAGUUGGACGUCGACUUGUCUUUGACUGCGCUUGGAAUCGAUUCGUUGGUGGCCAUAGAGAUCAAAAACUGGUGGCGCCAGAGCCUGGGAUUGGAAAUCAGCGUUCUGGAGAUUUCAAACUCGGGCUCGAUCCGUCAACUGGCAAAGACUGCUGCUGAAGGCUUGAAGAACAAAUUCCGGCCCGCUGUCCAGAGCGAUGGGGACACGUAUCUUCUUAUGAAAGCACCUUGA